AUGUCGAUUCGUUUCCAGACGCCAAUAAUGGAGGGCCGUAAGCCUAGAACCAUCAAAUUCCUUGACGGUGGUCUUGGAACCACCCUCGAAACUAUCCAUGGUGUCAAGUUCUCCGAGUCGACGCCACUCUGGUCCUCCCACCUUCUCUUGACAGACUUGCAAACCCUGGCGGACUGCCAGAUGUCGUUUGCCAAAGCUGGUGCAGAUGUCAUCACAACCGCGACAUACCAGGCGUCGAUCAAUGGGUUCAAGAAUACAAAGACAGAGAACUGGCCGAACGGUGUGCCCCUCCCCAACAUAGGCCACUUCCUCAAAGAUGCUGUCUCCAUCGCCAGGAGGGCCGCCGGCAAGGUUGGUGGCCGAGUCGCUCUCAGUCUUGGACCGUAUGGGGCUACGAUGAUACCUUCAACUGAGUACACCGGCCACUACGACAUCGAGCCUUCCCAAGACAUCGUCGAUAAACUCUUUCAUUGGCACAGCGAGCGGUACAACCUCUAUGUUCAAGUCCCCAACCUGCUGUUCGAUGUGUCCUACAUUGCGUUCGAGACCAUCCCUCGAUUGGACGAGAUACUAGCAAUCAGGCGCUUUUUGAACGCGGACAUCAGCGGGGGGGUAAAGCUAGGCCCGCGCGAGUUUUACCAUGACAUUCCUGUCUGGAUCAGUGUUCUGUUCCCUAGCGAUGACGACAAAAUGCCGGAUGGCACUAGUGUAGAAGACGCGGUAGCCGCUAUGAUUAGCAAAGAGUUUGGAAGUAAGACGCCACAGUUUGUUGGGAUCAACUGUACUCAAGUUUCCAAGCUCGAGGGUCUAGUUCGACAGUUUACCAAGGCUGUGGAAAAGCUGGUCGCGACGGGGGCCGUGGAAAAAUGGCCUGGUUUGGUAUUGUAUCCUGAUGGCACGAAGGUGGGAGAGCGGUACAAUACUGCGACAAAGGAGUGGGAGAUAUCGGGGGAGGGUUCCAAGAAGACACCGGAGGAUGUAUCAUGGGAACGUCAGCUUGCUAUGGUGGUCAAGGAGGCUUAUGAUACUGGGGGAUGGAGUUCAUUCUUGAUCGGUGGCUGUUGUAGAACUACGCCUGAAAAUAUCCAAAGGCUUACGUGGGCGAUCCGUGAGUGA